AUGUCUCUUGUUGCGCCUGUAGCAGGGGAGCAGUCGCAGCAGCCUUUCCAGUGCCCAGACUGUCGGACCCGUUUCACCCGGCAGGAGAAUCUCAAGCGCCAUGCUGCACUUCACACACGCUCACACGAGAAGGUCUCUUUCCCCUGCGGCUUCUGUCGUACUACCUUCUCUCGGAGGGACCUCCGCCUUCGCCACGUGAAGAGGAAGCAUCCCGAACAAGAAGAUGGAUGGCCUCCAAAGAGAACCCGCCGCACCCCACCAGCCGCCGCGCCCACAGACCUUGACUGCUCCAGUAGUGAGGCAUCUGAAGAUGCCAAGACACCCUCGGCGUCACUUUCAGAGAGACAGUAUGGUUUGCUCUCCCAGCAAUGGGACAAGGAGAUGCACUUGGACUUGAGCGAUGCGGCUUGGAACAUUGAGCUGCCUUGCAUGGAUGAGCACGGUCAGCUCGAGCAUAACUUUCAAUACCGCCACUCAUCGGGAAGCAUAGCUCUGUCCAGCAGUCUGUCAACGAGCGCUGAGGGGGACGAUGUGUGCGACGAUGUCGUCCAUGGCCGGCGGUUAUUGGCAUCCAGUUCGACACCAACUGCAUCCUUUCCACACGGCACGACGGACUUGGAUCUUGCCAUGCCACUUGGCACAUCCGUCCUUGACUAUGAUCAUGCUCAGAUGCCUUCGCCCGCAGCGGAACGCAUGCAGACUACCUCACCAGAUGCCAGUCCAGACACCGUUAUGUGCAAUACAAACAUUCCUGAUGGUCUGUCACCCAGGGAUCUGGCCCAUAUCCAAGACGACUGGUAUCCUUCAGGUUCUCAGAUUGUACGAGGGCUAGAUUUGUAUUUCAUACACGUGUCACACUUCGUCCCGUUUCUUCACCGGCCGACCUUCGAUGUCACUCAGACCACACCCUACUUGGUGCUCAGUAUGCUAUGUCUUGCAUAUCAACACGGCGAGGAUCCUGACCACAGCGACCAAGCGGGUUCAGGCAGCAACAUCUCGCUGCGUUGCUUCCACCGAGCUCGCGUCCUACUUGCCACUCAGGAGGAGAGUGACAACGAUUUUGCACACAACCUCGCAAUGGUGCAAGCAAACCUUCUGCUCGAGAUCUGUGCCAUCAUGUAUCUCUGCGGCAAAGACUCCGCAUACGGUCUCAAGAUGCACUCUCGAAUAAUAUCCCUCGCGCGCUUCAGCGGACUAACGCAACCCACACCACUAGAGGUUGCAGCGACCAAAGAUCUGGAAGCAUUAUGGGGGGAAUUCAUCAAGGCAGAGUCACAUAAACGGACGCUCUUUGCCAUUCACCAGAUAGAUGCCAUGUUGUACCAGUUCCUAUCCAUACCUCGCUCGCUCUCGCAUCUGGAGAUCAAGCACGAGCUUCCCUGCCCAGAAGACUGCUGGGCCGCACCCUCCGCUGCUGAGUGGGCAUACCAACAGUUGGUGACGAAGCAGUCCACGCCACCGGUGCAAUAUGCAGAGGCAGUCCGUCGCAUCCUCUCGCCCGAGCCAGACAUCAAAUCGCUCCCAUCCUUCGACCCGUACGGAGCCAUCAACAUCGCGCAGUUCCUGCUAUCCAGCGCCCGUGAGGUGUCAGGCUGGUCCACGAUGACCGGGAGGCUCAGCUUAGAGAGAUUAGAGCCCUUGAGGUCCUCGCUGGUCGCUCUUGGGCCUUGCAUCCGGACGCCGGCCGGCACUCCUAGCUCCUUACUUGCUGCGUCACGCGAGGCAACUUGGGAGAUGGCCAUGAUCGAGCUGCAGAUCUGGUCUCCAUCACAUACCUGUGGUAUAGUAGGGGGCAGCGUGGAUGCGGUGUUGAAGGAGUCGACCUUCUUGGCGUCUUCUAGCGAGAUUCUCUUCGGGGCUGAGACUGCCCACGCCACACAGCCUCACAUAGAUUGGUUCCUGCACUACCUCGAAACAACAUUAACGCCAGAGUCUGAGCCGCCGUGGGUCGCUCUCUAUGCGUUCAAGGCGUUUUUGAUAGCCUGGCAACUUGUGCGGAAGGCAGUGCCGGGAGCGAUGCAGAUCGUUGGGGUUCUCGACGGUGAUGCCACAGGAGCUAUGGCAUGGGCGAAAGAGGUCUUUCGGCGCAGAGAGCGAUGGCGUCUCGGUAAAUUGAUCAUGGCAUGUUUGGAGGUCUUGGAUAAAUGA